AUGCAGGCGAAAAGGACAAAGCGCGACAUUGUCAGGCUAGCAGAGACGACAAGACGCCACCCAUUCAACGCCGUCUAUGACACCGGAAUAGAACUGUUCCUCGGAACACACGACGGCAGAGGAGACGGCGGUGCUGGAUUUCUAGUCGACAAGAGUUUAGCCAAGAACACCGAUCUAUUCAAACAAGUAACAAACCUAAUUGGACGUUUACGGUUUGAGAGAUAUGGACCAUUACCGGCCUUGAAAAUAGUUAUGGUUUACGCAAUUACAUCAAGCUAUGACGAAGAAGAAGUGGAAAGGUUCUAUAUGGAUUUGGAGGUGUUCUACAGAGAAGACCGUACAUUCUUCAUGGUCAUCAUUAGAGAUUUUAACGCUAAGACCGAACCACUGAACCCAGAAGAAGGUUUUAAGAACGCCACAUUGGAACCCAUAGAUUACAAUGGAAGGAAAAGGGUGAGUGGUUGCCUAAGUUCAUGA